UUCUCCGAUGACUCCGCCUCCGUCUGCUGCGACCUCCUCCAAUUCCAAGCUUAUGCUUUAGGAAAGCAAAUCCGCGUCACAGCUUGGAACUUUGUUCCCUUUAAGUGCCAUGGAAAGAGCCGUGCGGGCUUCUUGGAGAUCAUCAAAUGGUGUUUUCUUGAUCCCAACGAAGAAGCAAACCAAAUGGAUUCUAUUCCGCUUGUGCCGAAUCGAAGUUGCGGCAGCUACGGGAACAACUCCAAGGCUCGUUAUCGAGUCUACGGAGUGGUGGAGUCGGUUGGCCCUGUUUCCGUUGUCCCUUGUACAAUGGUUGCUAGUGUAUCCUAUUCGGAUUUGAAUUCGAGUUCUAAAGUGAAAAUGUUAGGGUUUGUGGUUCAAUUGAUGUGUUGUGAGUGCAGGUUAUGCGGUUCCAAAGAGUUAAUAAGCGAUUUAGAGAGUGAUAGUGGUCAUUCUUUUACUAAAAAGGAGACAGUGUAUUUUUGUGGCGGUGCUUCGCCUUGGCACCCUGCAAUGACUAAGCUAAUUGGUAACCGAGUUAUGGUGUCACAGCUAAAGAAGAAAUUGGCUUUCAUAACGAAGGAGGACUCUUGGGUCAUGCAUGUGACCGUGGAUGUCUCGGUUCUUCAUGUGUGUCGAGUUUCCAAGAAAUGGCUACCCUGCUUGAAGAGUGGUAUGAAGAUGAAGGGUGAAUGUGGCACGUACACUGGCGUAAUCAAAGGUGUCUACAUGCAAGGAAUGGCUUUGGAGUUGGAUCAUGAUGUUUGGCUUCUUUUAACUGAUGAACUGCAUACUCUGAUGCAUGGUUUGAGAGUUGGAGCUGUUAUAUCUGUGAGAAAUGUGCAUUUUGUGGAUCCACAGUUUUCAUGGACAAAAAUUGUAAUUCUCGGAGCCUGCGUUAAGACGAGCAUUAUUGUGGAAUCAUUCUCUCCAUUGGAAACUGCGUGUAAUGUAGUUUUGAAAUCUCAGAGUAUGCUUGGACAGUUCAUUCAGUCAUUACCAUUUUCUGCAAGACUCUGGCUAUUACUUCUUGUCUCAAGCUUACGUAAAAUGUUUGCUGGUAGCUUAAGCGACAAGGAGAUUUUGGGAUCCAAACAUGAAGAAGGGCUUGCUCAGAUGUAUGCCAGUUCACUGCUUCCUCCAUCAGUGUUUCAAUCAGAGCAUGGUUCUUUCAUUGGGAUCCGUAAACAUGAUUUGAACUGCUGUAGUGGAGAUCUGCAUUGCAAUAUCCUGAAACUGGUAAUACCGGUGUCUGUGUUCAUCCAUCACUGUAUAGAUACCUUAGAGAGAACUCUAAAAUCAGAAAACCGCUGUAAAUUAUUGCCUGUUGGCAACCAUUCCAGAGUUUUACCUCAUCUAGCAAGAUAUAGUAGCAGACCAGGGAGGAAGACUAUUCCUGGCAAAGAUGUAGGCAUUACUUUGCUUGGACAUCUAAAGAUUAAUCCAUUGACUACCAGACUGCAGCUGGUUGAUGCUACUGGUGGUAUUGAUGUUCUUAUUCCAGACCUUCCCUUAACUUGGAAUGCUGAAGAAAUAUAUGAGGUGACAGAGUAUGAUAUUUUUGUGGACGGCAUAGGUGAACUUGGGGAUCGCUUGGAAUUGCUUGAGAUUGAGUCAUUAUCAUGCAGAACGAUCUUCAAUUACAUUCAACCAGCCAGAGAGAGGGAGUUAAGCAGCUCAAUUUUUGCUUACUUUCAUUGGAACAAUGCAAAAUGCAGAAAAUUUCCCCGUUACCCUUGUAGAGAUAAGAAAAAUGAAAGUCUGGUGCCCAAGCCUGGAUGUUACCAUUUGCUUAGGGUAUCUCACAAAUUUCCUCUGCAAGGGAAGUAUUCUAAUAUCAUGAAAUCAGACAAGUCAAAUACUUCUGUUGAGGCGAAAGUCUUGCCAUUUGAUUUGUUGCUUUCUGAGAAGAGAGAAAUUUUGCAUUCAUAUAAUGUUUCAAGGGAUAAGACCAAGGAAAUCUCCGAUUAUUUAAUUAAUGGUAACAAUGAGGAGCAAGUAUGGUCCAAUAAGAGGCAGAAACUUGAUAAGGAAUCAGCAUGUGCAUCGAAGGAUGACUUUUUCACUUCCAUUAAUGAGCUGAGAGCUUGUUCCAAUUUGUUGAAUAUAUCAAAAGAGAACAAAAGAAGUUUUGAUUUGAGUUCUGAUGAUAUAUCGUGUCUGGCCAAUUUUAGAAGGCUACAACAUGAGAAUGUGAUUUGUACUGCUGUUGUGCGCUCUAAAUCAUCUACAAAGAGUUUUGACUCAAAAUCAAAUGCAAGGAAAGUUUUGCUAGAGUUCUCAUUAGAUAGCCUUUUCACGUAUCAGUCAUUGAAGAUUGGUGAUUGUUACAUCAUAGAGCAUUGUACAAAAGACUGCUUUUGCAAUAUGAAAGAUGCUGGCUUUGGUAGCCGUGCUAAAUUUCGUGUUGGUUCUGGGAAACUAAUCUUCAGCAUUUCAUUCAUAUCUGGAAAAGAUUCUGUUUCUCCUAGCGCUGAUGUGAUUUUGACUAAAGAGCAAAUUGAAGGAUUUUUGCUAAGAUCCAAUGUUGAUUCACCAGAUGUCUCUUCAGAUGUUUGUCUGUAUCUCCCUGUCAACCUCACAGAUCUCCUGGAUGUUAACAUUAUCGAAUCAGAGUACAGUGAAAUGCAUAAAUAUGCAGUAUCAGAAGAGAGUGCUAAUGUUUCUGUGGGCCCUGGGAUUGUAGCAGGAAGGACUAAUCUUUGUUGUGGUUCUCAAAAUUCAAACUUCGUGUUUCCCGAGGGAAAUUUGAUUUCUCUUGAGGGUGAUGUGGUUGACAUUCAUGAUAUUGGCUCUAGUUUAAGCAAUGCAUGUUCAAGUGCUGCAAGCCUUGACUCUCUUCAGUUGAAAGGCCUUAUUCAAAAUAGAAAAAGUCUCUGCAUUCAUGUAUUAGUGCAUAAACAUAUGGUGAAGAUAUUUGGUUCUAUAAGCAAGCAUGCUUAUCCAAUUGGUUUUGGACCUGGUGUAACUGCAACAUUUCAUCGAAUCCUUGAUGCGAGGUCCGAGAAUAAAUUCAUGUUACUGCCUGUAUCAUUUAUUGUGAUAAAGUCAAUUAAAGUACAUGAUAAACAGUGCACUGACUGGUCCUUCAAUUUAAGCCUUCUUAAAGAUGCAUACAAUCCAUCUCCAGAUUCUGUCUCUUGUUUGAUCUCUCAGUUGCAUCAGUGCCCCAGUAACAAGCAAAUAAUGCUUCGGUGCAGGGUUGUCGCAGUCUUUAUUUUAGUUCUGGAGAGGAACACUACUGCUUUUGACAUUCCACUUGCUGGUUUUCUGUUGGAUGAUGGAUCAUCGUCAUGUUGUUGCUGGGCCAAUGCUGAAAGGGCAGCAGCCUUGUUGAGACUACAUGAAGAACCCACCACAUCUCGUAAUCUAGGGAGAAUUUUGAGGAAUUAUCAGAAAAUUACUGUGAAAAACCAAGGGUUAUUUAUUGAGUCACCUUUUCAAGAUCUUGCUGUAUCUGUUACUUCUGGCAACGCCAUUUACCAAUAUGACGAAAACAACCUCAAAUUCAUGAUCUUCAAUGCGUGUGCUGGUAGAGUAUGGAAUGUAGUUGCUAGUCUGAUGGAUGCAGAGGAAGUUAGACAGUUGGGCAAUGACUACCUCACAGAAACAACGAAUCUGCGAAGCUUACGGAAUAUAUGGGCCAACCAAGUUUCUUGCCCCCGCAUGCUGGCCGAGGCAAAGAACAUGCUUCAGGAACUUCGGAGAAGUUCGUGCUUAUAAUUAAGGUGAAUACAAGAUUUUGCAUGCAUUCAUGUGAAUAUUACCCUUACAAAUUUCACACAAAUUGGAAACCAGUAGGUUGUAGGUGGUUGUUCCUAACAAAUCUAUGUAGCUAUAAUAUAUAGUUAUAGAAAAUGCAGAGUUUCAAGACUUUGAUAACUACCGCACUGUUGAGACACAGGCAGUAAUUGUCAUGUGGUUAGUUCUAUUAAUGUAUGAUGUACGCCAUCAAUUACCCUGUCAAUUAUUGAGUUAUUUUUAUAUUGA